AGCAUCCUAGUUUUCCCGCCCUUGUGCCCGUGGUGACGUCAUUUCUUACCCUGUGACGUAACCCCGAGGCGUCACACUGAGGGUGACCGUUGGGUUGUGAGGCUUCCCGAGACCUCAUUGACCCUUUUACAGCCGCAGGAUGGCCUCACCCCUUGGGGGAAAGCCCUCUUCGCCCCAGGUGAAAACCACCCACUAUAAGGAGACUUCCACGGUCCGCGUGGAGUCCUCGUCCCACCACAUAGAGACAUCCUCUCGGCAGGUGCGAACGUCUUCCCGGCAGGUGGAGACCUCCCAGCGCCUCGGCAAGGGGCCCUCCCUUUCCCCCUCUGGGAAGCGGCUCCCCCACGUCCUCGAGGUGUCCUCCCAGCACGUGGAAACCUCCUCGCAGCGCACGGAAACGUCCUCCCGCCACCUCCGGGCCUCGUCCCUGCAGAUGGAGACGUCUCUGCACCGCGUGGAGAGCCCGGCCCGGCGGGACAAGCUGGCAGCUCGCCAGAACGUGAAAAUGGCCCGCUGAAAUGCUUUACGAAGGCUGCGCGAAAGGGCCAUGGCCUUCAGCCAAGA